AUGGUGGGCGCGGGGCUCGCGGCCCGCGUCACGCCGAGCUGCGGGCAGGGCGCGCGGCGCCCUCCAUCCACACCCGGCCCGGGCGCGGCGCGGCGGCGGACACCGGGGCCGCGGGCCGAGGAAGGCUGGCCUCGGCCGGGGGAGGGGCAGCGAGCAGGGAGGAGGGGAGGGCUGAGUAGAGGAAGGCGGGCGGGAGGGAGGGACGCGCAGGCUUUUGUGGCGCAGCCGCCUCUCGCAGCUCCGGCCCCAGCCGGCGGCCCGCGGCCCUGCAGCUUCUCCAAGGCCGAGCUGCGCGCCUCGCUGCAGGCCCCCUCCCAUUCGCAAGUAUUUUCGGCCACCUCCCGGCACCCCGAUCCAGCCGCCUCCCCUACCUCGGCCAAGAUACCUCUUCACCCCACUGGGGCUCAUCCAGCCGUUGCCCCGCCCGCCCCUGAUCGGUCAGCGCCGGUUAGGCAAGAGACCGCCCGCAGUGGGGCCGGGCGAUUCUACUUGGGGAACUCACCGUGCGUGCACCUCUGGCCACCUCUGAAGAGGCGGUCCCAGGCGACUGCACACCGGACUGCGGUGUCCAGUCCAGAGCCGCCGGGAGCUGGAGGGCAGGAUGUGGGAACCUGCGGUCCCAGUCCUCCUUGGGGUGGCGUACGCGGCUCUCACUUCCACCUCCGCGGUCUGCGUUGUCUCAAGGCCGAGACACCCGUGUGGCUUCGCGUCUGGUCGUCUGCCCCUCGCUCCCUGCGCCUCCAGCACCGCGUAGGUUUGGAACUGCCUGGAGGGCCCAGAGUGAUCAAGGCAUUUUGGACAGGUCUGUGUGGACAUACACGUUUCAGAGAGCUAGCUUUUCAUGAGAGGCCAAGCGCCAAGAAGGGCCAUACACGAAGGCUUGGUUGGAGAUUCUUCCGGGCAACGCAGCUGGCUUUCAAGGCCCAAGCCCUGGCCAGACCCUGUGGAAUCCUGGGGCUCGCGGGAGGCGGAGGAGGCAACAGGCCCCGGAGUCGCGCGGCAGGCGGCGAGGGGGCGCUGUGGCCCGCGCCUGCCCGCCUUGACUCAGCAGCGGUGGCCACGGCGCUACCCCCGCGCCACCGAUGAGCGGAAGACGCCGUUGCUCCUGUCGCGACCUGCCUCUUCAACACCGGUUUUAUUCUGGAAUUAAGGAAAACGAUACGGAGGCAUUUAAUAAAACUUAAACCGCUUGU